AUGGCGCACCCCUGGCGCUCGGUGGCGGACGCCCCGCCCGCCACCGCCGAGGCGCCCGUCCCGCCGCCGCCGAGCGGCGGCUACCCGCCGUGGCCCGUCUCGCUCGUGCGCCUGGGCCCCAGGAGGGAUCCGGGGGCCGGCGCUGCGCUGCCGCUGUCUUCGCUCGCCCCGCCGCGGGGUCCGGCGGGCCCGGCGCUCGGGGAGCCCGGCGCCCAGGGCGGGGCGCCGGGGCGGGGCGGCGCCUCCGCGCAACAGGUGUUGCGCGGCCCGGCCGUGCACGCCCUCGCGGGGCGGGGCGCUCUCAGGCAGCGGCUCGCGGAGCAGGGCGCCGCUCGCCAGGGCCUCGCGGGGCGCCGCGCCCUGCAGGAGCUCGAGGCGGGGCAGGCCGCGCCGCGCGGGGGGGCGGGCCUGCGCGACUUCACGACGGUGAGGCUGAAGGGCGUGAUGUCGUCCCUCACGCCGCAGGAACUCGUCGAGGUGCUCAACGGCAGCGGGUGCAGGAGUUCGUUCGAUUUCGUGUUCGUCCCAAAGGACACCAAGAGGGGCAUUGUCCGCGGCGGCAGCAUCGCCUUCGUGAAUUUCUCCAACGCAACUGCAGCCAGAGAUUUUUGCCAGAGGUUUCACCAAAGCACGUUGCCUGGAGUGAGCUUGCCGGGCGUCAGGUUAGACGUCUCUCCAUCGAACGUGCAGGGUUUUCAGGCCAAUCUCGACCUCCGUAUGAUGUCUGAGCACCACCGAAAGGGGCUUCUCCUAGAGCUAUGCGUACUGUAG